GUUGUUUUUCGUCCGCCAAAAUUUAAUUUUAUUUAUUUUCCUUCCCAUUUCUCAUCGAAAAAUUAUAAUAACAAGUAAUACAUUGUAUGAAAGCGUACACUUAAGGAUAUGUCGAAACGAUACAUAUUCCCACAGCAAUAUGGUGAAAGGAAAAAGCCUAAACUGGAUGUAUCCAUCUCAGACCACAACUUUCCUUUGAGCCAAAAUCCCGGUCCAAACAAAGAAUCAAACCAAACUGACAAUUGGGGUGACGAUAAUGACGACGAGAUCCUGCUCCUGGCCAGUCAAGCCUGCGAGGAUGUGUUCAACGUGCACGACAUCAGCCAGGUCCCUAACUACAGCAUGUGCAUGCAGCCGGGCUCCACCAGCACGCAGAUAGCCAACGAACCCGGACCCAGCUCUUCCAAGUCCAGCUUUUCAUUCAAAAAGCCUGCUACAAGCCUCCCCAACUACACUUCAACUAAUAUUAAGGACAAAUGUAACAGAAUCUCAUCACCGCUCCCUGGCAUUACUCCGAAAGUCGCAUCAUCAAUGAACGGACACAGCAAUGUGUCUGAUGACUUGAUCUUCAAUGACCAAGUCUACAAAGGGCAGGAUUCCGAGCACAUUUACAGGCAAAUGCUUAAGCUGCAGGAAGAGAAUGCUAAGUUAAAGUCAGAGAAUGGGAAGUUGCUUGAGAAAUGUGUGACCAAGGAAGGUGAGGCGUCUAUAUUGCGGACUCAGCUGAAGAGCAGUCAGAUGGCUGUGGACAGCGCGCGGCUCGACAAGCUGAAGGCCCAGGAGAAGGUGCAGAUGGAGUGGACGGAGAAGCUCACCGCUGCCAACAAACAGAUGCAGGACUUGAGGACACAACUGGACUUUAAGAACCUAGAAAUAAUAAGUACAAAGGAGAAAUGCAAGAUGUUGGAGAACAGUAAAGUAAAACUCACUCAAGUGACUGUUGCUGGGAAUGAUGUCUCUUUCAGUCAUAGAAACAACAACAGCAUCCACAUAAAUGAACCGAUGAUGAUGACUCAGAGCAGACGCAUGAAGCUGGCACACAGCGGGGCACAGACUGAUGGCAAGACUUACUUUGUUAAGUUGAAUAAAACAUGCAGGAGUGCCCAUUCCAAGUUAAAAGACAUCCUACCACUAGUGUUGCACCAAUCAAAUGAGAAGCAAAACUCGAUACUAGAAUACAGUGAAAAGCUACAAAAACCUGUGGAUUUCUCUCAGAACAAAUGCAGAAUUUUCAGCACUUUCCACAGAAUUCCAUCUUCUCCAGUGACUAAAGAGAAAAGGCGAGAAAAGUUCAGUAUAAGCUGUCUUUAUGAAGACUUGACCUUUAUUGCAACAAAUAGUGAUGCAUGUUUGGAUGGGCUACAUGAAAAGUAUGAUAAUAUCUACAAAUCAGUUUGUGUGGUACUAAAUGACGUUUUAUCAGAACUAGAGUUAGUGUCUCAGCGGGUGACGACGGCUUUUCAAAAAGAAAUGGACGAGAAAUACAUAGAAGCCACUUCCACGCAUUUGGAAGUGGAUAAAAAAGAUUUGCUGUGUUGCAAUUCAUUGUAUAAAGAUGAACAAGCAAUAACAGCAAGACGAGUUACUGCAAUAUUAGCCAGUAUCAUAGAGUAUACAGCAAAUGUACAAUUAGUUAGCAAAUUUAUAGAAGAAAACAGUAAAAGCACUUCGGAAACCGAAGCGAAUAGAAAUAUUUUGGAAAAUAUUUGUAGAAUAUGUACUCUACUUGAUAAUACGUGUACUACAGUAUUGUAUAGUGGCCUACUACUAGCCAUGAUUUACACACUAGAAAACAUCUGGGAAAAGAGUGACAAAUCCACAUUGCACACAAAACUACUAAACAUAGUAAAAACAAUAAUAACAUCCCGACCUUUGCCCAUAGUUUCCACUAAAAUGUUAGGUUUUAUGAGGAAGCUGGCAAUAUUGAAGCCGUUUGUAAACAAUUUGUGCUCUGGCAGCACUGUUGGGAAUUUGAAAACGGAUUUUGACCAAGGAGUUUUGUUGUACAAAAAAGAUUCAUGCUAUCUUCAGAUAUAUCUGAAGCAGAUAGAGGCUGCUCUCAAAUGUAUGGAGAGACAUAACAUGAGGGCGGCAGCGGUGGAAACCACGCGGGAUCUUGUAGCUUUCUACUCGUGUGUGAGUAGCGAGCUGUCUGGGCGAGACAAGAGCAGAUGUGACUGUCAGCUGGUGACCAGUCAAGUGAUUGUGUUCGCGCUACAGAUAUGUGCGGCCAUGUUGCAUAGCCACCGAAGCACAGAGGACAACAUCCACAAAGACUUACAAACAAUAUGCAGAUCUGGCGUCCUAAUACUGUACCAGUGGGUACUGAGAGACGUGGAGUUCACCUCUCAGCUGGGGUUCAACGAGGGGCAUUAUCACCUUUUUGUGGAACUUUGUGAGGAAAUGAAGGAUCAGCUAGUGCUGAAUGAGAUUCAGGGCAACAUGUUAUCAGAACUGGUCGGGACUCUCCAAACGUCAGCUGAAGACCUGGACAUGCCGUCAGCGACCCACCAGAAUGUCUGGAUCAAUAGCUUCAAGAGUUUCACACUCGCAGACUGAACUGUACGGAAGAAUGAUAAAGCUAAUACUAGAUGGCGCCACUGGGGUUGACAGCUGUCUUGUGAUUGGCUGGUUCUGUUGUGCUUUGAAUAAAGCUGUUGUAUGAUUGGCCAGGCUAUUAUGCUAGAGUUUUGAAUGAAAACAUGAUUAGUUGUUGUGUCAAGAUGAACUGAGUCUGA